AUGUCAACCAUGUUGGUGCUGGUUGCGGCGGUGACGAUGAUGACGUCGCCAGGAGGGCUUCUUCAGACCGCGCUUGGAUCCUCCGUGGACCUGAGCUCGCUGUACAGCAACGCUGCCUACCAGUGCGCGGCAGAUCGCUGCUACAACCCAACGCAGCAAUGUACCGCCCAGACAGGGUGCAACGCCGUCCUUGCCUGCAGGCAGGCCUGUUACACCUCCUACCCUCUCACCACCAACAAGCUUUCGCUCGUCAACUGCCUUGAGUCCUGCCCCGCGCAGGCAGACUCCACAGGCAGCGCCCUCUACGCCCAAUACGAAGCAUGCUACACCGUCAUGUGCCAAGAUGUGGUGCAAUACGAACUGUGUGCUGGCUACAACACUGAGCAAGUGUGCGAGACCCAGGAGGGCUGCACGUUCCUUUCGGACGAGGCCGAACCAUGCGUUUACGGAGACUUCCAAGCACCAGAGUUCACGGCGUGUGAGGUUGGCAUUGCCCGCCCAACCCGUGAAACCUCAAACACGCAAGCAGUCUCCUGGCGAACCAUCGAGGCGCAGGCACGUGGGCACCACUUGCAGGAGGACGAUCGCGGUGGCGUUGUUGUCGUGGAGCAGAUUGAAGGGCCCUCACGUGGUUCAGAGUUCCCCAUUGGCACAACACAGAUUGCUUACCGCGCCACGGACGAGAGCGGCAACACCGCAGACUGCGAAUUCACCGUCACCAUUUACGACGACACGGCUCCGACGCUUGUCAACUGUCCGAGCUCACGCACGGUUCGACCGGAUAUCGAGGACAUCAUCUAUGAUGAGAACUCUGUGCCGCUUGUGCACGUGGAGUGGAUCGCUCCUCUCGUCGAGGACAAUGACGCAGCGGCGCUUGUGCCGCCUUCGCCAGAACGCCCUGAGGCAAACCUGACCGCUGGUGUGCACACGUUUGAAUAUCGCGCAGAGGACAAUGCAGGCAACGUCGACACGUGCUCGUUCGAUAUUGACAUCCAGCCGUCAUCCACAACAUUCUUCCAGCGCCGUGUCCGCACCUCUCUCGACCACACCCAGCCCAUUGCAACGUUCCCCGUGCGCGUCAACCCUAACGCGUGUGCGCUUCGCUGCCUCUCCGAUUCCGAGUGCAGCUCCUUCCUGUCAUCCGUCAAUCUCACCUUGAUUCCUCCCGUGCGCCCGUCCUCACGUGCACAUGAGUUCAGCACGGACCGGCUUGGCGUGGGCCUCUGCUCGCUCCUUCGCGAAAACACGACCACCGCCACCACCCUCCAGGAGUUUUCACGCGAUCUCUACGAACGCCAGCCCUUCAGUGCGUUUGAGUGCGCAUACACGGCCGUCGCUGCGUGUGGAGACCUUGCCGAUCUUCCCCCAUCCACAUGUGCCAGCGACAUUUCAGACGUUGCCGCCUGUGCUCACCCUUACCUUGAAGCAUGCCGUGACAGCCAGUUUGUGCGCCGGACCAACGAUGCUAUUGUCGCUGCAAACAACACCUGCUACGGCAUCAUGGCAGAGGAGACACUCCCACCGUCGUCAGCGUACGAAUGCGACACGGAAGCGUCCUCCUUUGAACAGUGCUACUCGUGCUGCACUUCAAGCUUCGAGACCGCCGUCGAAGACUGCGACGGCUUGGUGGCGCUGCUUUCUGCGUGUAUGUCUGAGCGCGAGGAGCACUUGGACGUCUGCGCAUCGGACUGCUUCGACGCAUUCACACAAGCGACGGCGCCAAGUGAUGAUGUUCCAUCUGGAUAUGUCGACGUGGUGCUCCCACUUCUUCUCUCCGACGUACCGUUUGCCAACGUUUCUGCACACGUGCGCGCCGAUAUCUUCCUGAGUGCUGUUGCUGCGUUUGAGUUCAACAGCAGCGCGCUCGUGUUCCAGGUGCAGCAGGUGGACGACGGCUCCACCCUCGUCACUUUCUCCAUUCGCCUUCCAAGCACAUACACCGUGCCAGAGGUUGAUCUGGACUCGUCCUUCCGUCGCCGGCGUCGUGAUGCUGUCCGCGCUGCCGAGAUAGCCUCCCUCUUGCAAGACGCCAACGUGUUGGCAGCACUUGUUGCGCGAUUUCGCUUCAUCUUCCAGGCGGAGACGGGCUUCUCGACGGCUGUUGGUGUCACCACGAUGUUCUCCGUCUCUGUUGCGGAAGACAGUGCGAGUUUGCUCACCACGACAAGCACGUCUGCGUCAUCAACGGCCUCUGGUGGCAGCACAACAUCCGCUGCGUCAGCAUCGACCGCAACGGAAACAUCCACGACAACCAUUUUUGUCCCUCGCUUCUCGGGAAGCAGCAACGAGGAAACGACAUCCACUGGCGUGGUGAUUGUUGGCGUUUUGGGCGCUCUGCUCUUUGUCAUCUUCGUGAUUGUUCUCGUCAAGACAAUCAAGCGGAAAAAAGUACAGGAUCGCCGUCGCUCCUCGUGGGUGCAACCGGUGGCUGUGAUUCCGUCUCAGUCCUCAGAGGCGCUGCCCACCACCUCCCCCAGCACUCGCCACGUGCGUGGCGGCUACUUUGGCCCGGGCAUUGUCCUCCCAGAUAUCGGCGCUUCGAAGAAGACCGGCUCCCCUGCUCUUGCUGCGCGUCGCUCGCCUUCAUCCAGCAUGGAUAUCGGGAAAGGUCGCGGAUCCCCCACCCGCGCCGCCACCAUUGCCCGCCCGCAGCCACCAGCCGCAUUGCCGUCGCUCACGGGCCCACAGCGGCCCGCCCCGAGCAACCCGUUUGCUCGCGUGUCUGCAAGCAAGCACGUGCUGCCACCAUCGCCAUCUCCAAAGUCAACCCCAUCCCCCAAGUCAAAGCGCUCGCCCAACACGCCAGACAGCGGACAGGACGAGUCGGAGGCCUGA